CGUCAGAGCAACUUCGUCGCAUGUUUUUUCUCUGGUUGAAAGCAGUGAGGAAGAUAGUCUUUGCUUCAAUGACCUGUACGUAAGUCAUUACCGCUUAUAUAAACGUUUUACCAAAUAUGUCCUGGACUGCAUGUAGUUGAGAGCUGUCGUCAACACUGGACAAGAUCGCUAAGGUCAUGGGUCCUCAGUGCCAAAUUAUGGGGUUCUACAGUGGAUUGUUCAGACUAUACCAGCGACUGCCUUCUCGGUCUGCAAUGCACAGUCAAACCAGAUUGAGGUGGAAAUACAGUGGGAAUUUAACCUCGAAUGGCUGUUUGGGGGUCUGCUUAUCAAACAGAUCUGUUUCCACAGCCCCCUGUCAUAUUGUGGAUUUGACUGAAAGGGAGAAACGAUCUUUGGAUAAGCUCUAUGAUGGCCUUGUGACAGGUCACAGGGCAGCACUUGCAGAGUCCAUUACUUUGGUCGAGACGCAGCACCCUAGAAAGAAGGAGCUAGCCCAAGUCUUACUGCAGAGGGUGUUGGCCUACAAGCAGACACAGGAGAAAGCCAACGGAAACCAACCUGUGGCCUUCCGCGUUGGGCUGUCCGGACCUCCUGGUGCAGGCAAAUCCUCCUUCAUCGAGGUCUUGGGGAAGAUGUUAACCGGACAAGGCCACAAAGUCUCGGUCCUUGCUGUAGAUCCCUCCUCUUGCACAACAGGAGGGUCCUUGAUGGGGGACAAAACGCGCAUGACAGAACUAUCCAGAGACAUGCAGGCCUUCAUUCGGCCUAGCCCAACCUCAGGAACCCUCGGAGGCGUCACAAGGACCACCAACGAGGCCAUCGUGCUUUGCGAAGGAGCGGGCUACGACGUCGUCGUGGUUGAAACGGUCGGUGUGGGGCAGUCUGAGUUUGCGGUGGCGGACAUGGUCGACAUGUUUGUGCUGCUCAUCCCCCCGGCUGGAGGCGACGAGCUGCAGGGCAUCAAGAGGGGGAUCAUCGAAAUGGCCGACCUGGUGGUGGUGACCAAGUCGGACGGGGACCUGGUGGUGCCGGCCCGUCGAAUACAGGCCGAGUACACCAGCGCCCUGAAGUUGAUGAGGAAGAAGUCCACCACCUGGAGACCCAAGGUGGUGCGAGUCUCGUCGCAGACGGGCGAGGGCAUCGUUGACCUGUGGGACACCAUGCUGAAAUUCAAGGGGGUGGGCGUGGAGAGCGGCGAGCUCCUGAAGCGCCGACGCAGCCAGCAGAAGGUGUGGAUGUGGAGCCUGAUUCAGGAGAACGCUCUGCGUCACUUCCAGGAGCAUCCGUCGGUGGGCGCCGUGCUGCCCCAGCUGGAGGAGAGGGUGACCCGGGGCGAGAUCUCGCCAGGCCUGGCAGCAGACCUGCUCCUCAAGGCCUUCACCACCAAUUCAUGAACAAAGACGAGGAGGGUCCAAAACAACACUUUCAAGAGGCACCGUACUGUGCUGUAUCUCAGUUCAAGAAGACUGCCUGACUACAGACAAACAAUCAGUUACGAUGUGCAACCUUGAUUCACAAGCUAUAAUCAGGGUUCCCACUGGUGCUUGAAUUCCUUGAAAAUGCUUGAAUUCCAAUUAAGUGUUUUUAAAGUUGUGAAAAUGCUUGAAUGUUUGAUGAAGUGCUUGAAAAUGCUUGAAAUUUGUGUCAAGUCAAACUCAGUAAGAAAAAUAAUAGAAAUAAAUUGUUCAGAUACAUCAAAAAUCUGAGGGAUUGAGAUGUCAGAUGGGAUUUGCCAUUCGACACCCUAAAAUUGAUUAGAAUGCAGGAAAUUUCAUCUUAAAAACACAUUUUCUGGGGAGGACCUUCACACCCCCUUCCCGCAACCUAUUUAAAAGUGCUGGAAAACUGAACAUUUGGUGCUUGAAAAGUGCUUGAAUUUGUUCAUGAAAAAGGUGUGGGAACCCUGUAUAAUGCAGUGCCACAUAUUCCAAAUGAGCUAUUUACCUGUCGCAAUAGGACAAUAAGAAAACAGGUCAUUGGGAAUACGUGGCACUGGAUUGUAGCUUCUCAAUCCAUGUUGCCCAUCACUGCAAAAAAAAGACACAUAAUAGCACUUGCAUGUGCCAGGCAGGCGUCAUCUUGACCUGCUCCCUGAUUCUGCCGUGCAGGUGCUACCUGGUGACCUCUGGAAGUGGAUAGCAGGGCCUGAGGGAGUCAUUAGAGUGGGUGGGACUGACCUCUACUAAGUGAUUCCUUUGAUUAAGAUGGAGUGUUAUAGCAGCUCCAGGUUUUCUCAUACAUGGACCAUUCUGAGGCAUGGCACCGCAAAAUGAAAGCCAAGCAACACAAACUGAUUCCACUCUUUUACUCGACUUGAUAAUUUAAUCCUCACUCAAACACACACAUAUAUGAGACAGAGCCAGAGAGAGAGAGAGAAAAAAAAUCAACAGUCUGACAUUCUGUUGGAGGUAAUGAGGUACACACAUAACACCUCCAUUGGCCUAACCGUUUUGCACAGGCAUGGGGGAGCAGUUGGUAGCACUAUAGGCAAGGCAAUUUACACUAAUGCACUCCAAUGUGCUUUACAAAAAAAGCUAUGCAAUACUUGGCCUAUGGGAAACACUAAACUUUUUAAACCGAGUUAAUGGUUAUGUGAUUUGUUUUUCCAUUACACUGUCACUUGAUGGACAGUUAUUUACAGGGGGUGAGGAGUGACUGUGUGGCCUCCUCUCCGUGAUGUCUUUGAUAAAGGUGAAGGCAUGUUAUAAUAACUUUUAAAGACAGUUAAUUGUGAUGUGAUUUGUUUUUUUUUCAUUCUCACUGAUUGGCAAUUACACAAUUACACAAACUGUUGUUGUGAAAUCAGCGCAUGAGAUAUGCCGAGAACAAUUCCUUCACAACUGGAAACAUUGGUGCUGUUUUGUCAAUGACAGACAAAACUGGGAGAUAGCAGAGUCAGAGAAGACAGUAAUGCUUCACGCAAAAGUGCCUCCUGUCUCUUGACUGUCAGUUUUAAGGCGAAAAAAGAACAAAAAAAAACGUUUUUGGGUCGAUGACAUUAUGCCUCUUUUUGUGUUUUCUGAUUUAUUUUUGUUGAAAAUGGUUAAAUUGUGCAAAUAAACAUAUUUUGAGUGUGUUCUAUUUUGAAGACCUAAAAAGGCUCAAUUUUCUUUUUUGUUAUUAAUUACUUAACCCCGUAGCGCUGAGCCUCUGUUAUGACCUCAUUGUCACCAAAAUGGUAAUGACCAAGUCUUAAUCGGUUACUUAAGACUAUCUACAUUGUCGUAUUGAUGCUGUUGUGAUGUAGUUGAGUCUUUUCAGCUAAGAGUGAAUACUGUAGGCCCGUCGACUGGCCCCUCUACAGUAAUCUGAGGCUACACUUG